AUGUGCAGUCUGAAACGUUUACAGGACUGUCAAUUGUAUUUUGUUGAAUAUGUCAAUAAUAUGUUAAUCAAAUCAUUAAAAGUUGAUCGUAAUAACAUAUAUUGCCAUCCAAAUUUGGUAAAACUUCACCUUCGUCAAGGAACCAAACAAAUCUCACUUAUGCUAACAAUGAAACAGGCUGGGAAUCAAAUUUGUUUGUUACCUAUUGAAAUGCCAUCACUUGAAACAAUAAAAAGUGAACAAAUAUUCAGUUAUUCAGUAUUUACUUCAUUACCUUAUUCUGCUUGUUCGCAACUUAAAAACGAUAGUUUUAUUCUUGAACCUGAUUUAUCUUUCAUAGACACAACAUUUUCUGAUAUAAUUUACUUCAUCAAUAGUAAAUUGACGAGUCGAAAAUGGGACAUACUUCAAUUUUGGAUCAAUGAAAAUGGUAAUUUAGUAGCGAUUAGACAAUUCGUCAUUCACUACCCAGAAAAAGGCACCCUUAUCAACACUGUACAAUUCAAUCCGUUUAUAGUUCAUCUCGACAUGAAGCGAUCUGUGCUGUACAUACUGAAUCGACUUCAAAGAAAUUUACUCUACCAAUGUUCUUUUGAUUUACUUUUUCGGUCAUCGUCAUUUCCACUUCAAUGGCUUCAAAUGGAUGAAAUACGUCAUCCCUCCAAUGCAUGGCUCGAGUCAUUUUCUAUCGACGAUCAGUUAAUGCUUUUUACAGAACUGUCUAACAGGGUAGAAUCGAAAGUAACCUCUGUGGUGUACAUAACAAAUCUAAGGACCCAAAAUAGCAUACGCCUAAUAUUACAACUGGAUUUUGCCACUGAUAUUGGCUUGUUGAAAAAAGGAACUUACGAAGAGUUGUCAAAGAGAAACAUUCCUGCUUUUGGUAAUAGAAUAUAUACCUUGAACUUUUGA